AUGGGUUCUGGUAGUUCACCGUCCGGAAGACGCCAUUCAAACAAUUCUUCUUCAGCAAAGCGUCCAGCAAAGCCUUCAGCAAAGCCUUCAGCAAAGCCUUCAGCAAAGCGUCCAGCAAAGCCUUCAGCAAAGCCUUCAGCAAAGCCUUCAGCAAAGCGUCCAGCAAAGCCUUCAGCAAAGCCUUCAGCAAAGCCUUCACCUUCACCAAGCUCUUCACCAAACUCUUCACCAAACAACUCUUCACCAAACUCUUCACCAAACUCUUCACCAAACUCUUCACUCACUUCAAAGCAAAGUGGAAGACGAAAUUCGAGAAGAGGACAAUCGAGUUUGAGGGCGUGGAAAUGCCGUCCUGUAUCAGAAAGCUAUGUCUGUGCAAUUCAUGGACUGGAUUUGGAAAGCGGUGAAAGUUCAAGUUGCAUGGCUUCCACUGGAGAAUGGCAUGCACCUCGUCAUUUUGACUUCACCCAGUUCAAAUCAAAUGAAAAAAUUGGUCAAGAACUUAUGUUUCGAGUUUUGGGACUUCUUUACAUCUUACAUGUCGCGCCACAUAAAAGAAACAACAGCACAAAUUUCCCUUCCAAAGUUCACUCCGGAACUUCAGCACACAAAGCCGUUUUUAGUGUUGAUGGAGGAGAAGCGCUCCCGAAAGAUGAAAACAGUGACAAUGACAAUAACACCCCGUCCUUGAUCUUCGACAAUCCAUUCCUGUUUUUCGUCGAAGAUGGUUCAACCCGCAAUAUUCUCUUUUGUGGGUGCAUGUUAUCUGCGUCCUGA